UGUAUGGCGCUCUCCGCCUAACGACUCCUUUGAAAAGCUGCAGCUGCUGGCCUCGUGGAAUGUCUCCCCCAUGCCAUCUGCCAAAGAGGUUAAUCGAGCGCUGGCUCGCAUCAGAGCCGUCAUGCCGGCCGAGAAAAAGGUGGCAUCGGCCAAUCGCAACAUCCGCCUCGGCCUGGAGCGCAUCGGCCACGUCGUGCCAAAGGAGCAGGGCUGGCUGGGCGUCCAUGUCGGCGGCACCAACGGCAAGGGCUCGGUCUGCAACCUGAUCUCGGGGCUCUUCAGGCUGUCCGGCAUCAGCCAUGGCAUGUACACGUCGCCGGCCAUGCCCGAGAGGCACAAUGGCGUCACCAUCAACGGCCUGUACGUCAAUCGCCGCAUGUACGAGAUGGAGGUGAAGCACAUCGAGGACAAGUUCAAGAGAAUUGCGUCUGGCUGGAGGUUUGCCGCCGGCGAGGACCCGGGCAACCUGACGCCCUUUGAGCUGGAAACUGCAGCCGCCUUUCGGGUCUUUGAGAAGAUGCAUGUCAACUAUGGCGUGGUUGAAGUGGGCAUGGGCGGCGCCACAGAUGCCACCAAUAUCAUGAGGCAGAAAUCAGUCACGGUCAUCACAAAGAUCGAUCUGGACCACCAGGAGUAUCUCGGCAACACCAUUGAAGAAAUCGCAAAGGUCAAGGCGGGCAUCAUGCGACCCGGCGUGCCCUGCAUUGUUGACCAUACCAAUCCCAGCUCAGUCAUGAAAGUUCUUCGUCAGCACGCAAAUAGUAUAGGUACUCAGAUCAGCCCAUCAUGGAAGGGAGAGCCUCUGCUGGCCACCCUUGAUACUGAGCGGUUCAAGCUGGAAGACUACGAAAAACAGAAUCUUCUCUGCGCUACGCUGGCCUUCCGCCAUCUAUUCCCGAAUUUUGAAAUCGACGUCAACAAACUACUGGCCAUGGAACCGUUUCCCUCUGGGCGAAAAGAGCAAGUUCGAGUAGCUGGCCUCACCGGUGGAAGUCGCGAAAAGCCUAUCCUUGUGGAUGGCGCUCACAAUCUGCUUGGCGCCGAAGCGUUGGCCUCUUAUGUGCAGCACCAGGUUCGCCAGGGCAAUGAACCGAUUUCGUGGGUCAUGGGCUUAUCGGCUAGCAAAUCCAAACCUUUUGCACAGGUCAUCUCUACCUUGGUACAGCCUCAGGAUAACUUUGCCUUUGUUGAAUAUCUUCCUGGUGCUAAUGAGCCGCCCCCGGCUCCCGUUGAGCUCGGCCGUGAGAUUGGCAAGUCUAUUGUCAACCAUGAAUCUCAGCUGUACGAUGGCGAUUCACGGAUUGCUUCGGGCGUGCAAUGGGCUUGCGACAAAGCUGGAGAGGGUCCCGUCAUAGUUACGGGAAGCUUAUACAUGAUUAGAAAUUUUUACAACCUGGACGGCGUUGAGCCAAGGAGAAAGACCAAGACGAGACGGCCCGGAGCCGCGCAGCUUUGGCACUAUAUCCAGUUAUCGCAAAAGAGGCCGCUGACUGCCGAGGAAGCUAGAGAGUUUAAACAAGCACGGAGGCACUGGUAUUUGUCGCCUACACGAAAUACCGCCUUCAAAGCGGUGAGACACGGCGGUCAGCCCAAGUCUUCCAUCGUUCCCGAGAGAAUACGUGCGCUGCAGCAGCAGGUGGAGUUUCAUAGGAAACAAGCUCAAGGGUAUCGUAGCGCCAUUGAGAGUAUGGAGAAGGACUUGGCACAAGAAUCAGCCGUUGCGCCUGCGAGCGCUGAUUCCUCGGAUUUACAAACCAGCCUGGAGACGCUCAAGCGACACCACCAGGAACAUCUCGGUGCAUUCAACAGCGCCAUGUUUAAGCUCCGAGGCCACACUGCCUUGCCUGAGAAAAAGUAUAUGAGCCACGAAGAGGUGUUUGGACGGCCGGCGAAGCCCAAGAUUCAAAGGAGUUCGCAUUAG